AUGAACUUGAUAUGUAGAAGCACUCCCAAAACAAUUUUUCUCCUCAGUGUGCCAGUUCAGGGAGGGGAGAACGAAAAAGUCGGUGAUCUCCUUAGUUUGUUGGAAGCCACUACUAUGAUUGUGGCCAAUUCAGUGAAAGUGACUCACAGGGAGAAAGAUCGAAAUACCCUCAAACUUGGGAAAGUAAACCCUUCAAAGAGUUGCCACCUAUUGGAAUUUGAAACUGCGUGCACCCAUCACCAUGACCCACUUGAACAGGGGAAUCACCCAAGUGCUAGAGGUCCUCUACCAAUUGAAUGUCUACAAGACAUUGAGCACAAGACAAUAGGAUCAAAUCAUGAUUACUGCCCGUAA